GCAUUCGUCUUCUCAAGGUUACCAAGCCAGAGCCGAGCAAAUCAGGCGAUUUAAAUUUAGCCUUGCAAAUGGUGCACUAUGGAUUAUGUCUUGGAGCUCUCCAGUUUCGUCUUCAGUGCGUUUUGUUGCAUGGGUGGGGGGAUUGUGGACCUCCUAGAGGGUGUUUGUCAGGCGAGGAGCUGGUUCUCACUCCGCUUCAUGAACUCAGACCGGCUCUCCUUUGACUCUCCUCUUUCCUUUUUCUUCACCUCUGCAAUCUUAUGAGUUUUUCUUCUGUCUGGGAAAGAAGGCGAUCCCAUUUCUUAUUCAGUCGGAGCGAUAUCAAGGGGGGCCUAAAGACACAGCACAUGACAUCCGAGCUGGACUGAGAGAGAACAGGGAGCUACUGCACAUACCAGCCAAAGGCAAGCAGCCGAGCUGCACUAUCAAAGACUGUUUCGCCAGGUCUGCUGAGGUUUGGGAUCAAGCUGUAUCAUGGAUAUACUGGCCUUAGAGGCAAAGAAUGCAAAUGUAGCCGAUGCCGAGAAGAAGCCUACACCAAAGCCAAAAGCAAAACAGCCCAAAAAGGCUAAGAGGAUUGUUUAUUUCGAGGUGGAAAUUUUGGACCUGAAGACUAAAGAGAAACUGCUGCUGCUGGACAAGGUGGAGCCAACUGCAACUGUGUUGGAUAUUAAAGCUUUGUUUCACAAAUCAUAUCCAAAGUGGUAUCCCGCCAGGCAGUCUCUACGUUUGGAUCCAAAGACCAAGAGUCUCAGGGAUGAGGAAGUCCUCCAAACACUUCCUGUGGGAACCACUGCCAGCUUUUAUUUCAGUGACCUCGGACCCCAGCUCACAUGGGGAACGGUUUUCCUCGCCGAAAGUGUUGGUCCACUAGUCCUCUACUUAAUGUUUUACUUCCGCCUUCCCUUCAUAUACUCUCCAAAAUACGACUUCACCAGCAGCAAGCACUGGGUGGUGCACUUGGCCUGCAUGUGUCACUCCUUCCACUACAUCAAAAGGAUUCUGGAAACUCUGUUUGUCCACCGUAUAUCCCACGGGACCAUGCCCCUCAGAAACAUUUUUAAGAACUGCGGCUAUUACUGGUGCUCUGCAGCUUGGAUGGCGUAUUACAUCAACCAUCCGCUUUACACCACUCCCUUAUACGGACAGCAGCAGGUGAACGCAGGUCUUUACAUUUUCUUGUUUUGUCAAGUGGGGAAUUUUUCUAUCCAUGUUGUGCUGCGUAACCUGAAACAACCAGGUUCAAAGGUCAAAAAGAUUCCUUAUCCAACAAGAAAUCCCUUCACCUGGAUUUUUUGGCUGGUUUCAUGUCCCAAUUACACAUAUGAACUAGGCUCCUGGAUUGGCUUCACAGUGAUGACCCAGUGUGUGCCUGUGGCUCUUUUCACCCUCGUGGCCUUCAUCCAAAUGACUGUGUGGGCUAAAGGGAAGCACCGCAGCUACUUGAAGGAGUUCAGAGAUUAUCCCACACUCCGCUCCUCCAUACUGCCCUUCAUCGUAUAGGGAGGGGGGGUGGAGCAAUCCCACACCCUGGAACCCAGCACUUACUGAGGUUGAUAAGGGGCUUCUCUAUCCCCUGCGGAAAUGAUUUCUGAGUAUUGGAAUGACUGUAGGACUGUCAAACGAGGGCGGUGAAAUAAACAAAGUCUUACUUUAUUGCUGAACGCAGUCUAGACAAAAAAAUAUGAAUGUGAAAUACGGAGUUUAUAUUUUGCUACUUUCUUUCUUGAAUUGUCAGAUGUUCAGAGCAGAGCUUCUUGUUUGAUCAUUUUCAUAGCUUUGGCAGUCACUGAGAUUACCAGCAGGAGUCUGCAGAGCCAAACUGGUUCCUGGCCAGGAGCAGACGAUGCUCCAGGUCGCACAUUUCAUGCAAUAGGAUCCCCAGGUGACCUUAUAACUGUGAAAAUGUUGUUUUGUGAAUGUAGGUUUCACACAGAGAGCAGUGCUGAUUAAACCUGUGGAUUAAGCCAGAAAAAUGUGGCGGUAAUUGAAAAUCCUUCUGCGAGGAAAACAUUGGGUGUAAAAGCAACAGUCUAAUCAGAUGUGAGGUUUUACCAUCAGAUAAAACUGGAGCUGUAUACAAAUGUUGUUGGUUUACAGAUAAUUCAGGAUCAAUAAAUGAUAAAACAAGUAAA